CUGCUGGAGGAAAUGAAAAACCAGGAGUUGGAAAUGAGUUUCGUUUUCUCCGUCUAGUGUACUUGGACUUGAUAGAACAAAGAACAAAACUGAGGCUGGUCCGACAGAAAUGGUCUGUGCAAUCAAGCCGACAGUUGCCUGAAAUUAAGCAAGCCAAAGGCGACAGUGAAUGGACAAAGAAACCCUCCAUAAUGAAAUUGAAGAUAUGGAGGACCAAGUGGACAAUGGAGAAGGAGACAAACUAGAUGCAAAACCUGACCGUAGAUCGAGAUUUUUGCUUUUUGGCAGUAAGAAGAAGGAUGGCAAGUUGCAGGAAAAAGAGCAGUCUUCUGAAAGCCAUUACAGGAUUGUUUCACCAACAUUCCAGUAUAAGAUGAGCCACCGGCGCGUUGGCAAGUGCAUCAUCAUCAACAACAAGAACUUUGAUGAAAAGACAGGGAUGAAUAUACGCAAUGGCACAGAUCGUGAUGCUGGAGAGCUGUUUAAGUGCUUUACAAACUUGGGCUUUGAAGUUAACAUCUACAAUGAUCAGACCUGCAUGAACAUGGAGAGGCUACUUAAAAAAGUCUCAGAAGAGGACCACACUGACAGCUCCUGCUUCGCCUGCAUCUUGCUGAGCCACGGUGAGGAGGGCAUGAUUUACGGCACAGAUGGAGCCAUACCCAUCAAGAGCAUGACCUCGCUCUUCAAAGGAGACAUGUGCAAGAGCCUCGUGGGGAAGCCCAAGCUCUUUUUCAUCCAGGCUUGUCGGGGUUCAGAGUUUGAUGAUGGUGUGCAGACAGACUCAGGAACGCCCAAUGAUACGAUAGAGACAGAUGCCAAUCCAGGACACAAGAUUCCGGUAGAGGCGGACUUCCUGUUUGCUUAUUCAACUGUGCCAGGUUACUACUCCUGGAGGAACCCAGGCCGAGGCUCCUGGUUUGUCCAGGCUCUCUGUAACGUUCUUGAUGAGUUUGGCAAGCAACUUGAGAUCAUGCAGAUUCUCACACGGGUCAACUACAUGGUGGCCACCAACUUCGAGUCCUGGUCAGAGGACCCCCGUUUUAGUGAGAAGAAACAGAUACCUUGUGUAGUGUCCAUGUUGACUAAAGAGCUCUACUUCAACUGAUCUGAGUAGACCAUCAUUACAUGCUGUGUCUUUUCUCAGCGCACACAUUUUCUUGCCAAGAAUGUUAUAGUAGCACACUUUUGUUAUCUUUUAACAUUAACCAAAUUGUUAACAUUUUUGUCAAUGAGGGAAACCUCAGUCUAAUACUUGAGCAAAAUAUUUUUACAUAAAUGUAGGCAGAAUUUUUAAGUGGUGCACAUUUCAGGAUGGCAGACAGGAAAGACACACCAGGUGUUCAAAGACUGACCACUGACUGACCAACGACUGAUUUCACUCAACCAAGCCGUCACAACAUUCAGGGAGGAUCCCAGCUGGAAGCUUGUGUGUGAAAGCAUUUUUUUACGUUAUGCCGGACAUACGAACACUGAAAGGUCUUCCUUUGUCCCACUGCCAGUUCAAGUUCACUACCUUUUCAGAGAAUGUUCUCAGAGUAUUCCAGGGAAUAGUGAUGUCACAUAUGAUUUGAUCCUUGUGCAGUGUCAAAUAUCCAUGUCGCUUUGCCAACUUUGAAAGUUUUGAAAGCCACUUUUACUUUACUAGAUAACACCUUUAAUUGAUCUUAAUAAAAUAUUUGUUAAAAAAAUAGCACUUGAUAUCCAAUACCACACAAAAUCUUUGACUUUGUUCAACUUUAAGCAUAUAAAAGGCCAUUUGUAACAUUUUAGUUUGGUUUGGUUUGGUUGUUCCAGAAUGCUCUUCAGAGGAGGUCAAAGAAAGGGCAUGAAUGGAAAUGAAGUGGCAAAUAGUGAAGUAAUGCUGACGCCUGCACAGUUUUAAAAGCUUUUCAUUCACCCCUCGCUGGUUAGUUUGUAUUCACUGAAAAAUAAACUAAGAUCAGCAUUCAUCCCGUUUAUUUUGAACAAACUGUAUUUACUGAUGUGUUGUACUGAAUCCGUCUAUAAUCUACAGAGGCAGCUAUUGUUUUACUGGUGACCAUUUUAACCAUUUAUCACCCAUCUGAACAAAUGUGCUGUUUCAACCUGAAUGGAAGGUUCUGAUGUUAUUCAGAGCUGGUUGUCUUCAGUUUCUCCUUUCCUUUCGGUUCUUUCGGUAUCUUUCAUUCUCAUUGUUCAUCCAGAUCACACACUGAAUCUGCCAGACUGAAUCUGCCAGCUUGUGCACCAUCCGACCGCCACAAAUGAGAGGCCUUCUUUUCUUUAUGCAUGGAUUAUUAGUGAAGUGCUCCAACUAUACUGUAGGAAGUGCUCGUUUUGAAAUGGAAAACAAUUUUUAUUUUUAAUUGUAUAGUACAUUGUUUUUAAAUUUAAAUGCUUUAUGGUGAUAACAGGAAUGUUAAUUAAUAGAAUAAACAUUUUCUUUUUUGCACAAAUGCCCUGAACAGUUUGUUUACAUUGUGUCAACAUUUCUGUUGAUUUUUGUUUAAAUUACUUUUAUUCAAAUGAAUGCCUUUGUAAGCCUUAUUUUAUUGUAUUAAAAGACUUUAU